AUGGCUGAAGCUGGUAUUUCCACAGAUCAGGAUCAGUUCAGCUGUCCAUUGUGUCUGGAUAUCCUGAAGGAUCCAGUGACUACUCCCUGUGGCCACAAUUUCUGUAAGGUGUGUAUUAAUGGCCACUGGGAUAAAGAAGAUCAGAGGAGUGUGUACAGCUGCCCACAGUGUAAAGAGACGUUCAGUCCAAGGCCUUCUUUACGCAGGAACAACAUGCUGGCUGAGGUGGUGGAGGAACUGAAGAAGACUGAAAUGUCUGUGAAAUGUGAUUCCUGCAUUGGAAGAAAACGCAAAGCUGUUAAUUCCUGUCUGGUUUGCUUGGCUUCUUAUUGUGAAGAUCAUCUUCAACCUCACUAUCAGUCUCCUGCCUUUAAGAAGCACAAGUUAGUUAAAGCCUGUGCAGAGCUCCAAAGGAAAAUGUGCUCUGAACAUGACAAACUGAAGGAGAUCUACUGUCGUACUGACCAAAGUUUCAUCUGUUACUUGUGUACGAUGGAUAAACACAAAGGUCAUGAUACUGUUUCAGCUAAAACAGAAAGAACUGAAAAACAGAAUGAGCUAAAGGGGGAGCAGAUGAAAUCCCAGCAGAGGAUCCAGGAGAAGCAGAAGAAGGUGCAGGAGCUGAAACAGACUGUGGACAUUAUUAAGAUGCGUUCACAGGCAGCAGUAGAUGACAGUGAGAAGAUCUUCACCGAGCUGAUAAGCUCCAUAGAGAAAAAGAGCUCUGAGGCGACAGAGCUGAUCAGAAGUCUGGAGAAAGCUGAACUGAGACGAGCUGAACGACUCCUGAAUCAACUGGAGCAGGAGAUUGCUGAUCUUAAGAGGAGAGUCACUGAGCUGGAGGAGCUUUCACACACACACGAUCACAUCCACUUCCUCCAGAGUUUCCCGUCUCUCUGUGUCUCUCCUGGAUGUGAAGACUCACCCAGCUUCACUGUCAAUCAACAUCUUUCAUUUAAUGGAGUGAGGAAAUCUCUCUCAGAUCUGAAAAAACGAGUCAAUGAAAUCUGUGAGGAGGAAUUCAACAAAAUCCAUCCACAAGCUGCAGCAGCUCAGAAAAUUUUACCCUUAGAAACAAAGAUCAACAAACACAAUCUGCAAUAUUUGAAAAAACGAGUUGAGGAAGUCUUAUUACCGAAGAUCCAUCCACAAGAACCAAAGAGCAGAGAAGAUUUCCUGCAGUAUUUCCGUUAUCUGACUCUGGAUCCAAACACAACACAUCCUGAACUCAUCCUGUCUGAGAAGAACAGAGUGGUGACACGCAGAAUGACAGAGCAGAGAUACUCUCAUCAUCCAGAGAGAUUUGACUCCUGGAUUCAGGUGUUGUGUAAGGAGAGUGUGUGUGGACGCUGUUACUGGGAGGUGGAGAGGAGCGGUGAUGUGAACAUUUCAGUCUCAUAUAAAGAGAUCAGCAGGAAAAGAGAUGGUUCUGAGUGUCUGUUUGGACUCAACAGUCAGUCCUGGAGUCUGGAAUGUUUUUAUUCCUCUGUCUCUUUCCGGCACAACAACAUUAAGACUGAGCUCCGAGGUCCAGCAUCCUCCAGAAUAGGAGUGUAUGUGGAUCACAGUGCAGGAACUCUGUCCUUCUACAGCGUCUCUGACACGAUGAGGCUCCUCCACAGAGUCCACACCACAUUCACUCAGCCUCUGUACGCUGGGUUCUGUAUACGGAGUUAUGAUUUACCAGUUUCUUUGUGUGAUCGAAAAUAAAAUGUUUGUAAAUGUGUUUUAAUGAAAUUUACAAUGAAAAUGAAAUCUACAGGAUACAGCUACAGUGGCAUUGCUGUCUAGAAACUUUAACACUAAACAAUUAUAAAUAGAUUUCUAUUCACAAAUAAGUUACGUAAAUAAUCUUUUAUCACAGAAAGUAGAAUGUUUGUAGAACAAAGAAAUGUCAUUAAACCGACUCCUUUUACAAGAUUUAUUGUAUCAUAUAGUGAUAUGAAAAAUGUACUACGAUUUGUUGCUCAAUAACACAAAUGUUUCUGUUUAAACUAUUACAUUUUUCAGAAUUAUACAAGAAUUAUUAUGUGAAAUAAAUUUUGAAGGUGACAGAAAGAUUUGU